GUGUUUUAAGCUCAUUUUUUAAACUCGUGUUUUCAGAUAAAAUGAAAACUCAGACUCCUGAAACAGAUUUCAUCCGACCAGAUGUGUUGGAGCCAAAACAGAAUUGGUUUAACUCUUGGUUUCCAUAUCUCAGAUGGGUUCCAUCCAGUCCUACACAGUUGAAGGAGGCUGAGGAGAACCUUGUCAAUUACAUUCAAACACCAUCAGAGGGUUUCUAUGUGUAUGUUGGGACAGUAAACGGUCAUGAUUGUAAUAUCUGGACUAGGAAGUUUAAGGGAAAAAGCAACAAUAAGAAGGAACCCUUGGUUAUGAUGCAUGGUAUGGGAGCAGGUUUAGCAAUGUUUGCCAUGAACAUUGACAAUCUAUGUGAGGAUACUGAUGUUUAUGCAAUUGACCUGCCGGGGUUUGGACGAAGUGCAAGACCAGAUUUCAGUUCGGACCCUGUUGAAGCAGAAAAACAGUAUAUAACUUGUAUAGAGGCAUGGAGACAGAAUCUUAACCUGGGCAAAAUAAAUCUAUUAGGGCACAGCUUUGGUGGCUAUUUGACUGCAAGCUAUGCUCUGACCCAUCCAGAGAACCUGGAGAAGGCAAUAUUGGCAGAUCCCUGGGGGAUGAAGGAACGACCAACAGAUAUAGUACAAAGAUAUAAUAUUCCAAUUUGGGUCCGAGCAGUCUUCAGUGUGGUCAAGCAUUUUAAUCCACUGGCAGGAUUCAGGAUCUCUGGCCCAGCAGGCCCCGGACUUGUUAAACGGAUCAGACCUGAUUUAAUGAAUAAGUACAAAGGAUUGAUUGAGGAAGAGAAGUUACAUGUUGUUUCAGAAUAUCUUUUCCAUUGUAAUGCUCACAAACCCAGUGGAGAGUCUGCAUUUCACAGUAUGAUGAAGGAAAUGGCUUGGGCCCGAAGUCCAAUGCUACCUAGACUCAAGGACCGAGAUCACAAAGUUCCAUUAACGGUGAUGUUUGGGGCAAACUCCUGGAUUACUUCUAUUCCUCAAGAAGAGUUUCAGGAGUCUAGUGUUGAGAAUGUUGAAGUACACCUCAUCUCCAAUGCUGGUCAUCAUAUAUAUGCUGAUCAGCAUGAGCAGUUUAAUCAAAUCCUGAGAAAUACGCUUAUGAAGAGAAAAUAGUUCCAAUAUGUCUUUUCAUUAUACAAUUCUAAAAAUCUUUAAAAGCAUUUUAAGAAGUGUGAUCAAAAAAACAGAAGUAACAUAUUUUUCAACAAAAUCAUUGCAUGAUCAGGAUUAUUGUAUCCAUUAUCCUCCAUGCAUAUAAUCGUAUCAUCUGUGCGCAUAUUCAAGAUCCAUACAGAUUGUAUCAACAUGAUUAAUGUAUCAUCUACAUUAAUUAACUUAACCCUUAUCUAUUAUCACUGUAAUAUAUGUGCAGUUUGUACAUUUUUCACUAUGCAUAUAAUCGUAUCAUAUGCACAUAUCCAAAAUCCAUGUAGAUUGUAUCAACAAAGUUAAUGUAUCAUCUAAAUACCAUAUCCAUUAUCUGUUAUCAUCUUGUCAUCUUCAAACCAACUAUAGAUAAUAUCAUAAGAAUUACCAAAUAACUUAUCAAUUACCAUAUCAAUCUUUUAUCAUUUUAUCAGUUCGCAAUUAUUCAAAAUUCAUAUAUAUUAUAUUAAUUGAAUUACCAAAUUCCUCUUUCUUAUCAAUUACCAUAUCCAUUUUCUGUUAUCACAAUAUCAUCUGCAAACCAUCCAAAAUCCAUAUUGAUCGUAUCAACAAAAUUACCUUCUUACCCUUUAUCCACUUCAAUUGCUAUUUCUACUUUUCAUAUUUUUCAAUAGAAGAAGUGAUCAAAUGCUAAUCCAUUUUAUGGUAUUACAUUAUUCAUAUCACAGCACUAAAAUUCAUUUUGAUGAGGUUAAUUGCAAUUGUUUCCAUUCAUGAUAUUUUUAAAAUUUGUCUCUUGUUUUGAGUUAUAGUAAGUUCUCUUAUUGAAGCAACAAAUUCUUAAAGACCAUUUCGAAUGUUAAUCGUGACCAUGUUUUUAAAAAUUAGCCACUUUAGUAGAAUUAAUUGUCAUUUCAUAAUAAGAAGAAUAGUUCUGGAAAAAUAUAUAAAUUAUAAUAUG